UAUUUCCCUGAGGGAGCCAGCAACCAUAUAGGUGGCGCCGCAGUCCUAGGCGUGCCUCGUCGGCGGCAGCUGCACAGUUCGCUCUCUGACAAGGAACCUGGUGGGCUGUCCCAGCGAACACCGCCACCAUUUGCCGAGGAUCGCGAGGAUCGUUCCGAGAUGGUCCGCAGCGUGUCCGUCCUGGUGCUCGCCGUGCUCGCCGUCUCUGCCGCCGCGCUCUCUGUCGCCCCGGAGUCCAGGACGCCGUCGCCGCCGGUGGCGGACCCGAUUGUCAAGACUAUAGUGAAAGAUCCCCGGCUCUGCACGCCCAACCCAAUGGCCUGCUGGACUUACUGCUCCAAGAUCGGGAAGCCGGGCGGUCUUUGCAAUAUCGACUCGUGUAUCUGCCAUGACUGAAUAACGAAUGUCACACACGGAAGAGUUUCAAAUACUGUAACCUUUAUGAGAAUAGAAUACCGUUCAGCGGAA